AUGCAUACUAGUGAAAGGCCCAGCCGUCACUCAUCUGUUAAAAGAAGUAGAUCUUUAUCGGAAUCGUUUAAAGGUUUAUUCAAAUCAUCGAAUAAUAGUACAUCGAACCAUCUCCAUAGCAGUGAGAAACCGGUAAGGCCUCCUCUACCAAGCGUACCGUCAGGGGAAGAAGUGCAAACAAGAAGGAACACCACUACUUCGAUGUUUAAUCAACAGUAUCGCGAUGAUGGCAGACAUCUGAGCAAUAAUGCCUUCCAAAGUAAGAAUCCGACAUCAACACUCCAUGUAAAUACUACAAUGCACCAAAAUGGUGUGUCGCCGUUACAAAGUCCCCUAUUGAGCGUUGCUAAACCGCACCAUUUACCUAAUAUUGCCAAAUUGUCACUAUCUCCAUCAUCUGGAAGCGACGUCAUAUCGCAGGAUUCGUAUGCAAGUGAAUCUAAUGAUGAAGGUAUCACCCUUAUCAACAAAAAGGAGACGCCGAAUUAUUCUCCCUCUACAGAUACAAAAUUGGUAGAAGAAGUGAAUAUUUCAUCGAUAGAUGCUAUGCUGGAAACGAAUGGUAAGGGUACUAACAAUAAUAAUAACACUUCUGAACCAGAAAGGACGUUAAGACGUCCACAUCGUAAUAGUAUCGGCGGUGACAAGAUACGGAGGUCUAGGCACGGUAGUUUAAGUCGAAGAUCUCAAUCAUUAAAAAAAUCAAUGAGUUCUAACUCUUGUACUUCAUCUUUGAAUAAUUCAAACGCAUCUUUUGCUUCUUCUUCUAAUACUAAUAUCAAGCCGAUAUAUUCCAAGGGGAGAAAACAUGCUGAGAGUGUUAGUGCAUCAAAUUUGACUAAAUAUAUGGAGAUGGAAUCCAAAUGUAUUAUUAAUGUGGAUAAUUUCAAAGUGUUUAGUAAUGGAUAUCAUCAACAUAACCUAAAGAAGAUGGCUAUUAUAUCUAACGAGGAAAGAAGGGCUUUGUCACCAACUGUAUCUAAUGCAUCGGUGACGAUAGGAAGUGAUGGAGAGAUAGAGUCAGAUGCAAUGUUGCAGAAACAGAAAUCUGGAUUCUCGUUGUCAGGAUUGUUCAAGUCAUCACACGGGAAAGAAAAUGCUAAUAACUCUGCCGUUGAAGAAAAUAAUAAAUUGGAAAAUGCUCUUUCUUUGAUACCCACGCAAAGGCUAUCACUUUAUAAGAGAUUAAAUCAAAUGAAUGAGCAAGGUCAUAGUAAUGUGGACGGAGAGGAAUAUGAUUAUCAAUAUAGUAAUGAUGGUGAACUUAAUAAUGGUGAAACAUCAUUUGAAGAAAGUGAUGAUAUAAAGAACUCUAUACCGAAGGUCGUAAAUCCUAAUGCUGCCGUCAGUUCGGAGGAAUUAAAACUAAUUAAUACAUUAUCUGAGAAGAUUCAUCAUGGUCUUCGAGGGAAAUUGACAAAAGUGAAUGCAGACGUGAAGUUACCAUGUUUCUUAGAGCAAUAUGGUAAAUCCAUUGGCACAAUAGGGCAUGGUGCAUAUGGGGUGGUAAAAGUUUGUGCUAGACCUUUAAACCCUAACAUCGACGAAACACCUUUACAAACGUUUUCCAAUGGUCAAAAAUUAUUCUUCGCCGUUAAGGAAUUAAAAUUGAAAAAUGCUACACAGACCGAAAAGUUUAGUACAAGGAUAACAUCAGAAUUUAUCAUUGGUCACUCAUUGAGUAGAUCGCAUAAGAAGGGCGACAGAGUGUCGCCUAAUAUCUUAAAAAUUAUAGAUCUACUAGAAAACAAUGAUACAUUUUUCGAAGUAAUGGAAUUUUGUCCCUCUGGUGACUUAUAUUCCUUAUUGACAAGAAAAUCUAAGAAUGGGACUGCAUUACAUCCUCUAGAGGCAGAUUGUUUUAUGAAACAAUUAUUACAUGGGGUAAAAUAUAUGCAUGAUCAUGGGGUGGCACAUUGUGAUUUAAAACCAGAAAAUAUAUUAUUUCACCCCGAUGGGUUAUUGAAGAUUUGUGAUUUUGGUACUAGUUGCGUCUUCCAAACAGCAUGGGAGAAACAUGUUCACUUCCAAUCGGGUGCUAUGGGUUCGGAACCAUACGUUGCCCCCGAAGAGUUUAUAAGUGGGAAAGAAUAUGAUCCUAGGUUAGUUGAUUGUUGGAGUUGUGGAGUUGUUUAUUGUACUAUGGUGAUGGGACAUUAUCUUUGGAAAAUUGCAUUAAAGGAUAAGGAUUCUCUGUAUAAAUCAUUUGUUCAAGAGAUGACAGACGAGAAGGAAUUCUACAUUUUUGAGGAACUACGACAUGUUAAUUCGGAUCUAACAAGACUAAGAAAAAUAGUCUUGUAUAAGAUUUUCCAAUGGAAUCCUGAAAAGAGAAUUACAGUUGACCAACUAUUACAGUCAUCAUGGAUGAAGAAAACACGUUGUUGUGUGGUUUAUAAAAAAUAA